AUAUAAGGGUCAGAGGUUAAAGGUUGUGACCUUAUUUAUGGCGCGAUUUGCAGGCACGGGCAAGUUUCUUCGCAACUAAUUUUUGGCGGGUUUGCAAGAAAACGCAGAUGGAAAAUUAAGAAAUCAACAUAAUGGAUAUUCGGCGCUUCUUUGGAGCAGCGCCUGGUGCAGGGAAGACCAAACCUGCACAGAAGACUUCAUCUUCAGCUAAGGAGAAAGCUGGUGUGAAGAAAAGUAGUCAAACCAAACGGAAAGCAGCAGUGAUCUAUGACUCAGAUUCAGAUGGUGAAGAAGUGCCACCUGUCAAGCAACAGAAAACUGCAGAGGCAAAAUCAGCAAAACCCAACAAGACAGAAGUAAAGACCCCUCCCAGUAGAAAGAAGUCAGACCCAAAGCCAGUGUUAAAACCAACAUCGGCUGCUGACUUUUUCGGCGCCGCAUCACCAACUCACCGAGUUAGUAGGACAACUGCAGUGGCCAAAAAGAAAACUGGAUUCGAUGCAGGAAAAGUUGUGGACUCAGAAACUAACAAGGAGUUCCAUGAUGAUGAAGCCUUUAUGGAAACGUUGGCAGAACUGGACAAGAAGAAAGCAGCAGCUACAUCAGUGUCUCCUGACAAGAAGAAGCAAGAAAAUGGCUCACAGAAGGCAAAACCAACCAAGACAAAAGAAGAUGCAACCAGCCCCAAGAAAACAAGAGAUAAAUCCCCGCCCUUAAGAGGUAGCCCAAAGAAGACCAGUCCACAGAAGAGCAAAUACUUUGACAAGACAUCUGAUGAUCUUAAGAUGAAAAAGAAAAUCAAACUGGAAUCACAGGAUGGGGAUGAAACCAAAGCUCAUCAACCAAAUGCAAAGAAAACUUCACCAGAGAAGGCCAAGAGUGAGAAGACACCAUCGCCAAAGAAGUCACCAACGAAGGACACUGACCAAGAUGUUGAGAAGAAACCUUCAAAAGGAGGGUACCGAGCAUACUUAACCCGCGAAGGCCCGAGGGCACUUGGGACGAAGGAGAUCCCUCAAGGAGAAGAAAAUUGCUUAGGAGGUUUGACCUUUGUUCUGACGGGAAUUCUGGAGUCCAUGGAACGUCACGAGGCCAAAGAGCUGGUGGAGCGAUACGGCGGGAAGGUGACGGGGUCGGUCAGCAGGAAAACCAGCUACGUGGUGGUGGGGAGGGACGCUGGGGAGAGCAAACUCAACAAGGUUUCCCAGCUUGGGGUCAAAACCUUAGAUGAAGAUGGGCUGUUGGAGUUAGUACGGACAUCACCUGGGAAACCGUAUGAUCUGCCUCCGGAGGCAACAAGCAAGGGCAAAAAAUCUCCACCUAAGAAAAGUCCAAACAAACCAGAGCCAGCAGCCACAUCCAGGAAACCAGCAGCUUCUAGUAGUCAUGUGGGCAGUCCCAAGAAGCCUGCUGUAAGUCUAGAUCCUACUGCAGGUAGCCCGGAACCCAGCCUCCUGUGGGUGGACAAGUACAAGCCUCAGACGACCAAGGCUAUCAUUGGCCAGCAGGGUGAUCGCAGUAACGUGAAGAAACUGUUGAAUUGGCUGAGAACGUGGCCGAAGCAUCACUCAGGACGGCAGAUGAAGGAGGAUGGUUCAGGUUUCCGGGCGGCACUCCUGUCUGGUCCCCCAGGGGUGGGGAAAACAACGGCAGCCACCCUGUGCUGUCAGGAGCUGGGUUUCACAUACAUCGAGCUGAAUGCCAGCGACACCCGCAGUAAACGCAGCCUGCAGGAGGAGGUGUCAGAGGCUCUCACCACACGCAGCAUUGUGGGGUUUCAGAAACAAGGUACGAAGCACGCCGGGACCAUGCGUCAGGCGGUGAUUAUGGACGAGGUGGACGGCAUGGCGGGAAACGAGGACCGCGGGGGGAUCGCCGAGCUCAUUAACCUCAUCAAACACAGCAAGGUGCCGAUCAUCUGUAUGUGCAACGACCGCGCCCACCAGAAAAUGCGCUCACUCGUCAACUACUGCUUCGACCUGAGGUUCCAGAGACCACGGGUGGAACAGAUCAGGGCUGCCAUGAUGAGUAUGGCCUUCAAGGAGGGCCUGAAGAUCCCUCCUCCAGCUCUUAAUCAGAUUAUCGAGGCGACCAAUCACGACGUCCGGCAGGUCAUCCACCAACUGUACAUGUGGAGCGUGCAGGACAAGGGGCUGACCUUUGACCAGGCAAAGGAGGCCUCCAAACAGGCACACAAAGAUAUCAAACAGGGUCCAUUUGAAGUGACCAGGAAGGUGUUCAGCUCUGGUGAGGAGACGGCCAGGAUGACCAUUAUGGACAAGAGUGACCUGUUCUUCCAUGACUACAGCAUGGUGCCCCUGUUUGUCCAGGAGAACUACCCCCAUGCACAGCCUCACGCUGCCAGAGGUGAUGUUAAGAAGCACCUGUCCCUGCUGAGUCAAACUGCUGACAGUAUCUGUGAUGGAGACCUUGUGGACAGACUUAUCCGCAGUCAGCAGUCAUGGGGACUCCUACCAACUCAGGCCAUCUAUGCGUCCGUCCUGCCGGGUGAGUACAUGCGAGGUCACCUGAGCGGGAUGAUCAACUUCCCCGGCUGGCUGGGACAGUUCUCCAAACAGAACCGACUCAAGAGGCUUCUACAGGAGCUGCACAUGCACAUGCACCUCAGAACUUCUUGUACCAAGAAGAGCCUACAGGAAGACUACCUAGAUCCACUUCGAAGGAGAAUUUUAAACCUACUGGUCAAAAAGGAGACAGAAGGGGUGCCUGAAGCUGUUGAGCUGCUGUCGGCCUAUGACCUGAUGAGAGAAGACUACGAUGGUUUGCUGGAGCUCACAGAGUUCAAAGGUCGUCCUAACAUGGCUGAUAAAGUCAACAGUAAGGUGAAGUCAGCCUUUACCCGUGCCUAUAACAAAGAGGCCCACAUGCAGCCGUACUCCACGUCUGUCGCCCCCAAGAAGAAGCGGGGAGGGGCAGCGGCGACCAGUGUGGACAUGGAGGAGGGUGGGGAGGGGGGUGAUGUGGAGGAGAGUGAUGAAGAGAAGGAAGAUCCCAAACUAGAUCCUAUGAUCAAGGUGAAGAAGCCUUCGGCAGCCAAGGGGAAAAGUGAGAGUGGGAAAGGGAAGGGGCGAGGCAAGGGGAGAGGGAAGAAAUCUGCAUGAGUCAUAAGAUGUUCUUCAAACUACAGAGUUAAGAGACAGCAAACCUAUCUCAAGGUAGACUAGUUCUUCCCUUGUGGUCAGCAUGGUCUACAAUAAGAUUUUCAUGCUUAAAAUCUGCAGUACAGAUGAGUCUGCAGUACAGAAGGAAGCUGCAUUGGGGAGUAACAAAUAGAGUACACAUGUAUUGGUUGUUAAUCCAUCGAUGUCAGAUCGACAUUUACAUGUAAACUUUCAACCUCGGGUGACUAUCAUAAAAGAUGGCACAUUGAAAAAACAACGUUAUUGAGGCCUUCUCAAGAGGUACUAUUGUAUUUCUAACCACAUAUUGGACUGCAGAAACUAGUCAGUGAUAGUUAACAUUUAACUUCUAUGCUUGUGCUUCCAUACAUGUCAGAACAUUAUAAUUGACUAAUUGAGCCUUGACCAAAGUACAAUGAUUUCAGCAGUACAGUAUCAGCAGCUAUACUUGAUACAGCAAGAACGCAACAUACAAAUAAAACAAUAUACUGUUUCUCAAAGUCAA